AUGCAGACUGCGUUUCCUAAGGAGUACUUCAUGUUCCUAACCGCUAGCAAGUCGCCGUUGGUUGGUUUGGGCGGUGUGGUUGAUAGCGAUUACCGUGGUGAGCUGUCGUUAAUUGUGUUUAACGUGAGUGACGAGGCAGUUGUUGUGGAACAGGAUGAGUGUGUGGGCGAGUGCGUGUUCUUUAAGAUUGUGGUGCCGGAGUUUGAUGUGGUUGAGGAGCUUGAAGAGAGCGUGAGGGGCAGUGAUGGUUUUGGGUCUACAGGGUGCUGA